CCAAUUAUUCAAUACUUAAUACACAACUCUAUCAAUCUGACUCUGUAGUCUCUGAUACGAGCGACAAUUAUUUUUAUUUUUCAUUUUUGUUCGUAUAACAGUUUUUAACCAAUAAAGAUAUUUUUAUCUAAAAUUAUUAUUCAAUCACAAGAAAAUUUUAUUAAAUUUAACAAAUUACAAAAGAAAAACAAACAAAAUUGUGUAAAAUAAAUUAAAAAAUCCAAUAAGAAAGGACCAAUAAAAACGUAAAAAAAGAAGAAAAUCAGAAAAAAGAAUCGUAAAAAACCCUGUGUGUGUCAAUUUGUGUGUGAAGUGCUGACAAGAAUUGUACAAAGAAAAGAACGAACAUACAGAAAAGAGAGUGUGCUAGAAAGAGAGGGCAAGACAAGGUAACCGCAGACACAAACAAGGGGAGGUUGGUGGCUACAGAGGCAGAGGCAACUAAAAAAAAUAUACAUCAAAUAGCAAAACAUACAAAAAAACAAAAAAUAAACGAGAAAAAAAGUGAAAAAACAGCCACAACAUAUACAAAAAAAAAGCAUUAAAAAGCGAAUAAAACAUAAAAAUUAUUAAAAAGCUUUUUAGCAAAAAACAACAAAAACGUACUAGAAAUUUUUACCAAAAAUCUGCCAAAAAAAAAAAAAAAACAACCAUAAUACAAACCAACAAUAGCUGUUCGACGAAAGCAUACCGAAGCACAAGCCAACAAUUUUAAAUUGUCCAUUUUGUUUUUUAUAGACGGGGGCGGGUCCACGUGAAAUGUUGCCAUUUACACCACAAGUUGUUAAACGUUUAUUGGCAUUAAAAAAGUGUAACGAAGACAGUGUCGAAGGCAAGUGGUCCGAAAAGGCCGUCAAAAAUCUAGCGAAGAAAAUCAAAAAGAAUUCAUCAUUAGAAGAAUUAGAACGAGCCAUAUCCACACAGAAUCCCAAUACCAGGUGUGUAACGGUACCGCGCAGCAAACCCACUGCUUCGGGUGAAAACCUACGCAAGGGUUUGCCGCAUGUUAUCUAUUGUCGUUUGUGGCGUUGGCCCGAUUUGCAAUCGCAAAAUGAAUUAAAAGCUUUGGAUCAUUGUGAAUAUGCUUUUCAUAUGCGCAAGGAUGAGAUCUGUAUAAAUCCCUAUCACUAUAAGAAAUUGGAAUUGUCAAUAUUGGUGCCGAAAUCAUUGCCCACACCACCCGACAGUAUAGUAGACUAUCCUUUAGAUAAUCAUACACAUCAGAUACCAAAUAAUACCGAAUAUAAUGCUGCCACUAUACGCAGUGCUUCUUUAAGUCCGCCGCAGUAUAUGGAAAUUGGAGGCGGCAGUAGUGGAAGUCAAUUGCAGCCGCAACAAUAUCAACAACAUUCACCUACAGCUUUCUUUAGUGGUAAUAAUAUGAGUGCUAGUGCUUCGCAACAGCAGCAGCAACAACAACAAAUGACCACAAAUAAUCUACCACCGGGAGCCUGCAACAUGGACUCCCAAUCUAGUGUUUUAAGUGUGGGCAGUAAUAGUAUGCCCAAUACGGGUACCCCGCCACCCGGCUAUAUGAGUGAAGAUGGUGAUCCGGUGGAUCCCAAUGACAACAUGAACAUGUCACGCUUGACACCACCUACCGACUCAGCACCCGUUAUGUAUCAUGAACCAGCCUUUUGGUGUUCAAUAUCUUAUUAUGAGCUCAAUACACGAGUGGGAGAAACUUUUCAUGCCUCCCAACCCUCUAUAACAGUUGAUGGUUUCACCGAUCCCUCAAAUUCCGAAAGAUUUUGUUUGGGUCUACUCUCCAAUGUCAAUCGCAACGAUGUAGUCGAACAGACACGCCGCCACAUAGGCAAGGGGGUACGUCUCUAUUACAUUGGUGGCGAGGUAUUUGCUGAAUGUCUCAGCGAUUCCUCUAUAUUUGUACAAUCACCCAAUUGUAAUCAACGUUAUGGUUGGCAUCCGGCUACUGUUUGUAAAAUUCCACCCGGUUGUAAUUUGAAAAUCUUUAAUAAUCAGGAAUUUGCUGCUCUACUCUCACAAUCGGUUUCUCAAGGUUUCGAGGCGGUCUAUCAAUUGACACGCAUGUGCACCAUACGCAUGUCUUUCGUUAAGGGCUGGGGUGCCGAGUAUCGUCGUCAGACAGUUACUUCAACACCCUGCUGGAUUGAAUUGCAUUUGAAUGGUCCUUUACAAUGGUUGGAUCGUGUUCUAACACAAAUGGGUUCACCACGUUUACCCUGUAGUUCGAUGUCUUAAAAUUGUGUGUACACCCUCUCAGCCAUGCCCCCAAAAAAUGUGGCUACUAAGCAAAUGAGAAGGGAAAAUCUCUUGGGAAAGAGUUUUUCCGGAUUUUUCAUAUAAUUUAAGCAUGUUUAAGUGAAAUUAGUUUUCUUUUCGAGUUUUAAGUAUGUUGUUCUUUAUAUAUGUUUUUUUUUAAGUUUUUAUUAUGGACUAGACUAUAGAACAUAGAUCUAUAAUCUAGAGUAUAGUUCAAACUAUAGUCCAACAUUAAGUUCAAGUUAUAAUUCGGACUCUAGGCUAUACUCUUGUCUAUAGUCCAGUAUAUAGUCUUGUAUAUGGUCCAGAGUAUAGUUGAAUUUAAAGUCCAGACUAUAGUCUGAACUAUAGUUAGACUAUAGUUUAAACUAUAGUCUAGACUAAGUUCAAUCUAUAGGCUCUAUUAUAGUCCAGACUUUAGACUAUUGUCUUGUCAAUAGUCGAGACUAUCGGUUAAACUAUUGUUCAAGCUAUAGUCCAGACUACGAAAAUCAUUAUGUAAUUGUUUUAUUUUCUUAUUCAAAUUUGAUAAUCUAAUAAUUUUUAUAAAAAUCGGGUUUAAAUUGUUGAAAAUUUAUGUUGUUUUAGUUUAAUAAUAAUUUCUUUUUUGUUAAAUUAUUUAAAAGAAAAAAAACUUAAACACAAAGCAAAAUUGCAAAGCACAAACCGAAAUUUUAAACCUAUUCAACAGUUCAAUUUUAUUUUAUAAAAUUUAAUUUAAUUUUUAACUAUUCAGACAAAAUUUCAAUUAUUUUCGGCUGGGCCGUUUAAUUUUAAAGCAGCUAUAUAAAACUUUUAAAGCUUAAAGCUUUAUUAAGCAAAAAUCAGAAUUUAACAAUAUUUUCUUUAAAUUGUUAAUAAAACAUUUAAAUUAACAAUUACAGGUAUUUAACAAACCAUAUUUUAGUCAAAAAAUUAUUAUUUUACUUUAAACAAACAUUGUUAAAUUUUUAGUUUUUAUUGUUUUUUUCCCCCAAACUAAAUUGAAUUUAGUUAAAAUUUGCAAGCUAAAGUUUUUUUUGAACACUUUAAUAACUUUUUAUUAUAAAUAAAAUUGUGUCUACUACUAAAUUUCUUUAUUAAAUAAGUUUUAUUAAAAAUAAAUUAAAAACAAAAAACAAAUAAAAUUUAAGCUUAAAGCUGUUUUUAAUUUCUCUCUCUCUCUCUCUCUCUCUGAGUGUGUGUUAUCUAACGUGAUUAUAAAAAACAUAUUUAUAUAAAAAUAACACAAAUCAAUUAAAAUUUAAUGUUUAAAACAAAAAUAAAAUUCUUUAAUACUAUUAAAAAGAAGUAAAAUAAUACAAAAAUCAUAAGAGAUAAAAAUUCAGGUGAAAGUUUUAAAAAUGUUAAAAGAAAAAUAAAAUUUUUUUUGGAAAAUUUUUAAAAUUAUGUUUUAUUAUGUUGUUUACUUUUAAAAUUUGCCUUUUUAUUAUUAUUUUUUAUUUAUAAGAAAUUAAAAACAUUAAAUUUAAUUGAAAUAAAAGU